GGAAGAGGUAUCGUGACUUUUUUUUUUUACUUACAGAGUCUGACGACUUUUCUCCUUAUGUGCGACACUGAAAAAACGAGCUUCGGUAAGCGACGAAGUUGUUGGUUGUGAACCCUGAACGGGUACAGGCACUGAACCUCUGGCUGGAGAUGACAAAUAUUCAAGUCACACAAACAAACGGCCAAAGGAAAUAUGGGGGACCACCGCCAGAGUGGGACGGCCAGGCUCCUGGAGCCCGUUGUGAGGUUUACAUCAGUCAAGUCCCACGUGAUGUCUAUGAAGACGUGCUGAUUCCCCUCUUUAGUCGCAUUGGUCCUCUGUGGGAGUUUCGGCUCAUGAUGAACUUCAGUGGGCAGAACCGUGGGUUUGCCUAUGCCAAAUAUGGGUCACCCGCCAUCGCUUUUGAAGCCAUUCGUCUGCUGGAUGGUUUUAUGAUUGAACCUGGUCACCAUCUGAUUGUCCGCCGCAGUACAGAGAAACGACGGCUUCACAUCACACAGCUGCCUUCUAAUAUUGAGCAACAAUGGCUGCACCAGGUGCUGCGUGCGUGGUUUGAUGGCUUGCAAGACGUUUCUCUGAAGACGGAAGGCGUCACCAUGAAAACAUUUGCUGAUGUGAAAUUUAAUUCUCACCACAAUGCUUCCAUGGCGAAGAAAGACUUGGUACUAGCCUUCAGGAAACACUUCCAGUUAACAGUUGAGGUCCAGUGGUACUCAUCCUCAGUGAUGCAGAACUCCGCCAAUCAUUUGUUCCCGUCCAUUAACCCUUCACCAUGUCCGUCCACUUCUGAGCAGUUUCGACAUCUGCAUCCCAAUCAGUUCACUAACCCAGUUUUCCGUGAGUCAGUGGUUGGCGGUCCCAUGAUCUCCCCAUGCUCCCUCACACUCAAGGAGUCAUCUGUGUUUUCAUCCUCAACUCCUGUAAUGCGACUUAAAGAGAUGUGUGAAGCUACCUGGUUAUGUCAGCCUAAGUAUGAACUAUGCUACAGUCACCAGGAGGCCAAUGGAUUUCUCGCCUUCCACUAUAAGGUGUUUGUGCGUGGAUUCAAUGCUGCUUUCACAGGGAUAAUCGCGUUGUAUCCCGGCCCUAAAGCUUCUGACACUGAGGCGGCAGCCCAGCAGGCUGCAGCCCAGCAAGUCCUGCAGGCUUUAGGCCAGACAGUGUGACCUGGUUGAUAGGUUAGGCUGAAUGAUUACAGCUGUUCUAAUUCCAUAUUGCUCUUGAAAUGUUCAAAUAUUGUUGCUGUUUUUGCAUGUUUUUACACAAAUAAUCAUUUGUCCUUCCUUUCCUGAAUCUUGAUUGUUGUUUGCUGGUGUGAAGUAGUUUCAGUUGUCCCUGAUUUCUAGUAAUUAUUGUUAAAACUUAUUG